AUGAACUCUCAAAAACCGUCAACAUCGAAUUAUCGCCCUGAAGAAGACGAAGAAGAAGAGUACGGGAACAUUCUGGAACAAGAGGGUGAAGAUUUUCCGGAUGUUGAGGAAUAUGAUCAAGAUGAGGGAAUGGAUGAUGAUGACGAUGGAACUAUCGCCGGUGUCAACAUCACACCUCACUUGACUAACUUGGAGCGAGAAGUGAAUGUAGAAGAAGAAGAAGUUGAACCAGGGCCAGCUCUAGAAGACGAAGAUUUAGUGAACGCCAUCAAUAUGUUUAUGAGGAAUGAAUAUGAUUAUGAUCAGUUUAUGAGAGUCACUGGAGGACAGACACUGAAAGAAGAAAUGGGAACUAAACGAAAACGCCCUUCUGACAGUGUCGAAGAUGACGAUGCUGACGAGGUUGAUCUGACAGAAGAUGAUGAUGAGGAUGGAGAGCUCAUGGCUGAUGUAGAAGAUGCAGCUGAGCAUAAUGGCGAAGGAACAUCUGCAAUCACUUUAGACGAUCGAUACGAUGCGCUUCCAGAAGAAGCAAGAUAUAUCAUGACACAGAUUAUGUCAGGACAGACGCAAAAAGGAGUGGAAGUUGUUGCUCCGCCAGCAAAUCUGGCAGAUGCCCUGAGAAGUCAGUUUGAUGAAUCAGGUGCGACACCGUUAAAACAAGUGAAAAUGGAAGUUCAUGAUGGAGGAGCUAGCUCAUCUUCGGCUCCUGCACCUCCCACAGAAAUACAUCGUGAUCGUGGAAAAUCAAAACGAUUGGAUGGGUUGUUAGGAUUAGCUAACGUGUAUACAGCUCAAGGAAAUAUCGAGGGUGCUAUGGAGCUACUCCGGGAAGUGAUUCGCACAGAUCACAAACAUGCUAUUGCCUAUCAAACGAUUGCAACAGUAUACGAACAAGAAGGAGAUCGAGAAAAAGCUCUUCAAUUCGGUCUUCUAGCUUCUCAUUUGAAUCCGAAAACGCCAGCUGAUGAUUGGGUUCACUGGGGAGAUGAGGCGAGCAAAUUGGGUAGAGUUGACGAAGCCGCUGUGUGCUACGAUAGAGCAAUUCAUCUGAAUAACGAAAAUUGGAAAUUUUACGAGAAGAGAAUCGAAAUGCUUGAUCGACUCAAUUUGAGACCAUUAGCUAUGCGGACACGCCUUCAAGCCGCUCAAAACAUCAAUAAUGAUAUUCUGCAAGUAGAUUUCCAAUGGUUCCGGGAACUGAUUCGGAAAGUUGCUCAGUACUACAUCACGCUGAACGACGAGGAACGAUCCAUUCAGUCGCUAGAAGCUUUCGUUCUUCGAAGCAGAGAAUUCGGAGAAAAUGCCGAGGCACAGCACGAGACUUUAGUUGGAAUGUAUAUAACUCGUUAUAAAUUCGAACAGGCCGGAAAGUCUAUUCUCGCAUUAUGCAAAGGCAUCAAGGCAGUGUAUAUGAUCUCAAGAGAACCUGCGUGUCUGAUAACCUAUACCAAUGGAACGUAUGAAUGUCUCCCAUUUCCACCUAUAGGAAGUAUAGACUAUGAGAUCGAUGAGGCUCUAUUCCCAGUCAGUAUGCAUUGCCAUCUUGUUUACUGUCUCUUCAGUAUAAAUGAAAUUGAGCAGUCCUCUGAGCUCGAAAGAAAACUUCUGAAAAGAACAUACAAUAUCGAAGUGGAUGAGCCGUCCUUGCUGGAACUACCUAGGCUUUACAAGGCGAAAGGAAAUCCGAAGUUCGCAAUGAAGUUCAUGGAGGAGCUAACAAAAAAUCCAAGUUAUGAUUACGAGGAGUCUGGUGCUUAUUGGUAUCUGAAAGGAACUCUAGAAAUGGCUCAAAAACGAGAGGAUGCUGCAAUGGAAGCGUUUAACAAAACGUUGAUAUUGCAACCAAAUCAUGUUGAUAACCGAAUCAAUCUUUCGACAUUACAACAAAAAGCAGGCCUUUUCGAUAAAGCAUUAGAAACUUUAGAAGAUUACGAUCUAGAAAAUUGCUCAUCGUUACCAGAUGAACGUCUGUUGGCUCGCCGAGCCGAUGUUCUCUUUGAGUCAGGAGAUUCUGAUCAGUUUGUCCGGACAACACGAAUGAUGUUGGCUCCACACUUUUAUCAAGUAUAUGCUCCAGAGCUGAUGAAAAAAAGGCGUGUUCCGAAAGCACAAUCGAACACUCCAGCUUUGAGUAACGCUUUGAGAACGUGUGCAUUAAAUGUGAUCAAGCACACAAACUGGGAAAGAUUGGUCAAAAGACUUGGCGCAACAGUCGAAGCAAAUGGAGUUUCACACAAUUCUCUUUCAGGAACAGAUUUGCAUGACUAUUGCCUCAAACUGGUCGAAUGUCUGAAUAAAAUGGAGAAACAUCAAGACGCACUCAUCGUUUGUUGCUAUGCUUUCCUUCACCCGAUGCUUUUCAAAAUUGAAAAAACUUCUACAUUCCAAAACCUCAUCUACUACUGUUCUGUCAAAGCUCGUUGCUGGAGUCUCGCAUUUGAAUUCAUCAGAUUUUACUACAGUUUCACUUCGGCGAAUGCUGCCGAAAAAGAGAAUACGCCUCACACUGAUAUGCUUCAAAAACGAUUGUUCAAUGCAAUGAAUUAUGUGUUUGUGAAUUCUCAGAAUGUGUGCUAUCACAGAUUCAUUAUGAGAGCACUUUUCAAGAACAAAGAUAAUCAUGCUCUUCAAGCAAUAUCCGGUAACAAUUCACUUAUCACUGGAACGUAUCGCCAUGCGAUGGGAGAAUAUCUCCGUGUAUGGGUGAACAACAAAAAGAAUCCACUGAUCUGCCUUCUACUUUCUCUCACUUUCACCCAUAUGUCCUGUAAGAAAGAUCUCUCGAGCCGUCAUCUCAUCGGAAUACGUGGAAUCGCAUUCAUGAAGAAAUACUCAAAAGUACGAACUUGUCAGCAAGAAGUGUAUUACAACAUUGCCAGAAUGUUCCAUCAAAUGUCCAUUCUUCCUCUUGCUAAACAUUUCUAUGACAAAGUUCUCGAAGCCAGCCCACCGAAUAUUUUUGUCUUCGAUGACGACGGCAAUGAAGUAUUAGUUCCAGCAGUAAAGUAUGAUUUGAGAAAAAUGGCUGCUCACAAUUUGGCUCUGAUCUAUCGAACUUCUGGAAAUCACUACGCGGCAAGAGAGCUUUAUGAAAAAUAUCUCGUUGUUUGA